CUGGCGAUGUACAUCUAGCAGGCAUGUGCAUGGAUGCCUAUCAGUCCAUCGUUUAUGUCACCACGAAGUGGAAAAAUGUGACCUUCUGCUCUGCUGUCUGGGGAUGGUGGACAGGGACAAGGCAGGGGAGCAGAAAUAAGCGGUUGUACAGAAGCACUGGUCAAAAGGAGGCAGUCAGCAGCACAGGGCUCUGGUGGGCAGGGCCUGGUAGGAUUCUCAGCUGGGAAAGACAGUACCAGCUGCAGCUGCACUGGCCCUUCACUCUUGUGUCUCCGGCUCCCAGGGCUGAUGCUAAGGACAGCCAUGUUCUGGAAGGUGCCUCUGCUUGUGGGACUCAUUGUACUGGGCACCCAUAUAUGGACCAUUGACAAAGAAUUUGUAGACAUUGUUAAGGACCUACAUUAUUUUGUGGCAUCAGUGGAGUUUGCUGUGGCUCAGUUUAAUGAUGACAACCCAGAAGAGAACGCAUACAGACUGCUGGAAGUUGGACGAGUGCAGAAAAAGGUGCGCUGUAUUUUCCAAGUGGAUGCUCGGCCUUGGUUUUCCCAGUUCACCAUGCUGAAU